UCGGCUUCGCCAUUUUUCUUGUUGUGAUGUGCUGAGAGGUCUUCUGAACCUCAGAGUUUAUUUUUCGUCUCUUUUGGUUAUUUAUUUCUUUUCCUUAAGCUUUUAGUGAGCGUCGGAAGCAAAGCAACAUGGCGCAAUAUAAAGGAGCAGCCAGUGAGGCAGGAAGAGCCAUGCAGCUCAUGAAAAAACGAGAAAAGGAAAGAGAGCAGCUUGAACAGCUCAAACAGAAGAUCGCAGAGGACAACAUGGUCAAGUCCAACAUUGAUAAGAAAUUCUCAGCUCACUAUGAUGCUGUCGAGGCAGAGCUCAAGUCCAGUACAGUUGGUCUGGUGACUCUGAAUGACAUGAAAGCCAAACAAGAGGCCCUGGUAAAGGAGCGAGAGAAACAGUUGGCCAAGAAGGAGCAGUCCAAGGAGCUUCAACUAAAGCUUGAGAAGCAGAAAGAGAAGAAAAGAAAAGAGGAACAGAAGAGGAAAAUUGCCAGUUUAUCGUUUAAUCCUGAAGAUGAAGAAGAAGAAGAGGAAAAUGAAGAAGAAGAAGAACAGGAUGAUGUUCCAGUAAAGAAGAAGAAGCUGGGGAAGAACCCAGAUGUGGAUACAAGUUUCCUUCCUGAUCGAGACAGAGAGGAGGAGGAGAAUCGUCUCAGAGAGGAGCUCAGGCAGGAGUGGGAGCUCAAACAGGAGAAAAUCAAGAGUGAGGAGAUUGAGAUCACAUUCAGCUACUGGGAUGGAUCUGGACAUCGUAAAACUGUCAAGAUGAAGAAAGGAAAUACCAUCCAGAACUUUCUACAGAGGGCACUAGAAGUCCUCAGGAAGGACUUCAGUGAACUGAGGUCUGCUGGAGUUGAGCAGCUAAUGUACAUUAAAGAGGAUCUGAUCAUCCCACAUCACCACAGUUUUUAUGACUUCAUUGUGACCAAAGCGAGAGGAAAAUCUGGACCUCUUUUCAGCUUUGAUGUUCACGAUGAUAUUCGACUCGUGAAUGAUGCCACCAUAGAGAAAGAUGAGUCUCAUGCAGGUAAAGUGGUGCUGAGGAGCUGGUAUGAGAAGAACAAACACAUCUUCCCCGCUAGUCGCUGGGAGCCAUACGAUCCUGAGAAGAAAUGGGACAAAUAUACGAUCCGGUGAAACAGUGGCUCCUCACCAUAUUUCAGCAGUACUUUACUGAGACAUGAUAAACUAUUGAUUUAUGGUUUUACGUUUGUUGUUGUAUAUUUGAUUUGCUGGUUCAGUGUUUCCCAACAGGAAAACCUUUCACAUGUAUAUAGCUCAGAAUCCUUGUGGCAUUUCUGCUGUGGAAAAUAAAUACAUGUUGGAAUU